UUAAUUUCAUAAGCAAUUCUGAACGGGACAUCAACGGAAUCCAAUCAUGUUAACAAUUGUGUUCAUCUUAACUUUAUAUUCUUUGGUUUCUGCUGAGAAUCCUGAUCCUUCAUGUCUACAAUGUAUUUGCCAGGCUUCAUCAAAUUGUGAUAUUAACAACUUAAAAUGUGAAACUGGAUCAGAUUAUCAAACCAACUGUGGGCCAUAUCAAAUUUCUCGCUACUACUGGGAAGAUGGAAAUGCGAUUGGCUACGAUUUUGAAACUUGUACCAAUUUGAAAGCUUGUGCUGAACGCGUAAUCAUCAAUUAUAUGAAGAAAUAUGCUCGAGAUUGUAAUGGUGAUGGUGUUAUCGAUUGUGUUGACUAUGCAGCUAUUCACCGAAUGGGUGCUGAUCGUUGUUCUGACCAAUCUUUAUACGAAUCGGAAUAUUGGCAAGUUUUCAGUCAAACCCAAUGUGUUGUUAACCCUUCACUUGAAUCUCUACACUCAGCACCUUCAUAUCCACAGCAACAAUAUCUUUCAAAUAAUCAACAAAAUUUCAUGUAUGUGCCUAAGUCAUCAUAUCCAGGACAGAAUAAUGUCUUAUAUUAUCCAAUGAAUGGUGCCAAUACCAAUUCUGGUCGAAGAACUUCUCAACCCUCAAUUCCAUCAUCUACGAAUCCUGUUUCUGAGAAUCCUCGAAGAUCCAACAGGAAGAAGAAAAAUCCUUCAAGAAGACAAAAGCCAAAGAGAAUUCCUUCUAACGGAACAAGUUCACCUGUUUAUCCAGUCUCUAGUUAUUAUCCAGCUGUGCCCAAAGAACCUGAGAGCCCUUCAACUCGAUCUGGUGAACAUGAUACGUUUGAAAAUCGAUUUGAUAAUAGUGCACCUGAAGCACCUGUUUAUGACUCUGCUCCUUACGUACCAAAUUUCGUAAACAAUUUACCAUCUUCAACUGUUCGUCCACCUCGUAAUCGAUCAUCAACUCGAAGAACAACAUCAAAUGAAGUUGGUUCAGUCAACGGUAAUAUUUUACCUAGGGAGAGACAUUCACCUCGUCGAUUCACGACACCAGAAACUUUUCCUUCCUCACAUGAUCAUUCCAUACCUUCAUCAUACCCAUCAGAGUUACCCUCAUCAUUUUUACCUUCUGAAUCUCCUUCAGAAUCAUCGUCCUUAACUCCCCACUUUAAUCCUUUACCUGCAUCAUCUCCUCCUGCUAUGAUUCCAUCUUCUUCACCUUCUCAUGUGCCAUCUUUUCAACCAUCAAUCGAGCCACUUCCAGCCUCAUCUUUGACUCCCUCUGACUCACCAGUUACAACACGAUCUCGACCCAAUAGCUCGAAUAACCGUAGACGCAAACGUGUUAAGCCACCACACAAUAGACGAGCUACUAGGAAUCGACCUACACUUAAUCAACCUUCUACUCCAGGUAACUCUGUCUCAGUAAACCCACCAGCCAGUGUUAAUGCGAAUCACCCAACUGUACCAACUAAUCACGUUUCUAUUCCAACGAGCUAUGUACCAGUAAAACCUCCAGUCAUUUCAUACGAGAAUCAUUUACCACCUUUAACAAAUAAUCAACCUUUCAAUAGGACAAAUUCUGUCACCAUUAAACCACCGGUCAUUUUGUAUGAAACUCGCCCAACGUUAUCAUCACCAACUAAUCUACCCUUUAUGCCUACGAGCUCUAAUACAGUGAAGCCUCCAUUCGUUAUGUACGAGAAUUAUCCGACUUCUUAUCCAACUAAUCCUCGCCACAAUCCAACUAGCUCUGUAACUAUUAGGCCACCAUUUAAUUUGUAUGAAACUCCUUCUAAUUUACCAUCUGAUCAACCUGCCAUGUCAGUUGGCCCUGUAACUGUAAAACCUCCAGUUGUUUUGUACGAAACUCGGCCCACAUUUUCACCAGCUUACCAACCUACAUCUAGAGCUGUAACAAUUAAACCCACAGUUAUUUCUUAUGAGACCCGUCCAACAACACCAACCACUACAACAAUCACUUAUUAUCAACCAGAAACUGCAAGACCAAUCAAUCCUCGUUCCCCACCAUCUUCAUCACCAGCAACUUCUACUUUUAGAAAUGACUUUGAAGAUGGUGUAACUAAUGGUGAUCCAAUAUUGCCACCGAGUCCAGUUCCUCCGCACCUAACAAACACAACUAUAACUGUUAGCGAUCAAUGUUUAUCAUGUUUAUGUGAGAGCACAGAUUCAUGUCUUAAUAAAGUAGCUUGUUCAAACCCUGAAGGGCCUUGUGGUCCAUAUCAAGUAACAAUGGAGCAAUGGGUUAUUGCUGGUAAACCCAAAAAUAACUUCCAAAAAUGCGCAACAAGCUUGGAUUGUUCCAGAGGAAUUUUAAGGCGAUAUUUAAGCAAACACGCAGUAGAUUGUAAUGCUGAUUCAGAUGUCAAUUGUGUUGAUUUUGCUUUGAUCCAUAAAUAUGGAUUAGACAAUUGUAAAGUAAUUCCUGAAGACUUAUUCAAAUCAGGUUAUUGGCUGAGUUUUGAAAGCUGCUAUGGAUUUGAUAGGAAAUAAGUUUUUUAAAUUAUUUAUUAGUCAAAACUAAUGAUAGAUAUUAUGUAAAAUGUAUAAUUUUUAUGGUAAAAAAGUAAUUUAUUGAUAAAUAAACGUGUUUUUACAAAUGCUUAA